CUGGGUGGCGCUACUUGGUCAUUUGUUUUUUUGGCCGGUGAGGUGGGCUGUGUGUGUGCGGGCCGGGCCGGGUAUUCCGCCAGCUGGGUUAAUUUCGUGAACAAUUGCCGUGUUGGCCACCGGUCUCCCUACACUCAACUAGUAACUGGAUGGACGUUUUACUGCAAGAGAGAAACCGGGGAUUACCAACUGAACAAAACGGGAUGUAGCUAGCUCACUAACCGCAGACCAACAUGUCAAGUGGAACAAAAGAGACUUCUUGUUGUUAUUCGCCUCCGUGCACGAGUCUCAGCGGACUGAACUAGCUAACCAGCAGCUAAACCCGGCUAACGUUAGCUGAGUUAGCUAGCUACAUUACGGGUAAAACUAGUUUCAAUCAUCCUUGCUUGCCUCUUUGGUGAGUGGAUCAUAUUAACAUUUGCUCGCCAUGGCAGCAGUGGUUAGCUACUCUCCACCAUGGUGGGUGAACCUUAUACACAGACUUCCCCAUUUCAACUUCAUGUUCGAGCACACAAGCAGUGAUUUCCGACCAGAGGACUGGACAUAUCAACAGUCUAUCCUGUUACUGGGUGGUGUGGCGCUCGCCUGUCUGGCACUGGACCUCCUGUUCCUGCUUAUCUAUUCCAUUUGUCUGUGCUGCCGGCGAAAAAAGAAUGAGGAUCAGCCCGGUGCUGACUGCUGCUGCACAGCCUGGUGUGUCAUCAUUGCAACACUCGUCUGCAGCGCUGGCAUUGCUGUCGGUUUCUAUGGGAACGGCGAGACUUGUGAUGGAGUGAACCGGCUGACGUAUUCCCUGCGCCAUGCUAACCGCACAAUCACUGGGGUGGAGAAGCUGGUAUAUGACAGUACAUCCUCAUUGAACCAGACGGUAGACAACAAUCUGCAACAGCUUGAGGGCCAGUAUGCACAGCACGCAGACUACCUGUCCAUCAUCCAAAAGCUGCAGGGCCAGCUGGAUGAGCUGGUCAGACAGAUGGCGGAGAUCCCCUUCUGGGACAACACCGACAUCUCCCUGGAGGAACUGGCCGUCAAGAUUGAGCUGUUUGACUGGUACAGGUGGCUGGGCUACAUAGGCCUGCUACUGUUCGACGUCCUCAUCUGCCUUCUGGUGCUGUUUGGCCUCAUUCGCAACUCCAAGGGAACACUUAUAGGGGUGUGCUUGUUUGGUGUAGUGGCUCUCGUAAUCAGCUGGGUCUCCCUUGGGCUGGAAUUGGCCGUCUCUGCGACCUCCAGUGACUUCUGUGUUGCCCCUGACACGUAUGUCACCAAAGUGGCAGACCAGUAUGGAGUCGUCAAUCAAGAUAUCCUGCAGCACUACCUUAGUUGCAGUUUGGAACAAACAAACCCCUUCCAACAGAAGCUCUCCGGGAGUCACAAAGCAUUAGUGGAGAUGCAGGAUGACGUGUCUGAACUGCUGCGCUCUGCCACCAGAGAGUAUAAACAAACUCAGGGAAGUUUAGAAGAGAUCCAAGGGAUACUGAACACCACAGAGAUCAGUCUACAUCAACUCACUGCCCUGGUGGACUGUCGCAGCCUGCACAUGGACUUUGUCCAGGCGAUGACGGGUCUGUGUUAUGAUGGAUUGGAAGGCCUCAUCUACCUCGUGCUCUUCUCCUUCGUCACUGCUCUCAUGUUCACCUCGAUUGUUUGCAGUGUGCCUCACACCUGGCAGAGCAAGGGGAACGAGGAGGAUAGUGAGGAUGAGUCUCUGAGCCACGGGGGAAGGCAAAACCAUGAUAACCUGUACCGGGUCCACAUGCCCAGCCUGUACAGCUGUGGCAGCAGCUUCGGCAGCGAGACCUCCAUCCCUGCCACAGCCCACACAGUCAGCAACGCACCGGUCACCGAGUACAUGGCUCAGAACGCCAACUUUCAGAAUUCUCGCUGUGAAAACACGCCUCUGAUAGGACGAGAGUCUCCUCCGCCCUCGUACACCUCCAGCAUGCGGGCAAAGUACCUGGCUAACAGCCGACCAGAUCCCAACAACCCCCCUCCACCACACUAAACAACACUGGACGCAUCCUGUCUGCAGCACUGACGACUCUGAAGCCUCUCAUCCAGUCAGUUCUUACUUUUCGUCGUACCUUUCAGUCACCCCUCCUGCUUUCUUCCACCGUCUAACUUGACUUAAAAUGGAAAAACAAAUGCUUUUUUUCUUUUCUUUUUUUUUUUUUUUUUGCUGGUUGGUGAAAGCUAAACUUAAGGAAUCCUGCAAAUCAUAGUGCAUAUACGUUUUCUCCACAAUCCUUGGCUGAUGUUUAUUAAUGCAAGAAUCAUCAUUGGUGCUGGGAAUUCAUCUGCAACUCUGCUGUGAUGGAGCCUGGACUGACUUUUACACUCCAACUUAUCAUUUCUUUACACAUGAAUGCACCACGACAAGCACAGUGUCACAUCUAACGAAACAUUGCAGUGUUGAGGACUCUGGAAGUGCUCAUAGACUAACACUGAUUACUACUGGUUGUUGAUUUUGUUUUGUAAAGUACUGUACUGCACUCUCUCGUUGCUGUGGGAGAGAGAGUAGGAGAAAUGCCUUACACAUGGAGGAGGAAUCGGCUGUUUUCUCUUCCCACCUGAAGUGUAGACAUUAUUUCUCGCAUAACACACUCAACAUA